AUGAUCUUCUGGAUCUCGUUCUCCAAUGUUCUUCAUUUCACUCGUCAUGAGAGAAGAGGGCAUCUCAUUCCAGAGGGUUUCGUCCUCGAAACCCCUCCAGAGCGCAAACCUACGCCACUCCAGUUUACGCCGGAGUCUCCAACAUUCUACUCAAUACCUCCCAUCAUCCCCCAAUCACCAAUGCUCCCGCCCGCGUCUCUCGGCCUGGAUACAACCUUGGGGCCUGUCAUUCUGAUAGGAAAUGAUAGCACGGAAACCCUCGUCAACGUUAUUACACAGCCCGUGUUUCCAACGCCUAUUCUACAACACCACCCGCGCACUCACGAGACUUUGCCAACACGACGCAUCUCGUUCGCAGUUUGUGCCACACCAGAGCGUUCUGUGAAGCCCCCCAGUGUAAUUGAUGUGGAUCAGGUACCGUGCAAGCCCUGCGCGGCUGCGGGGGAAACAUCUGAGCAAGGAGAAUAUUUCAAGGAGAACGUACCUGAGGUGGAAAAAAUAUCAAGGAGGAAGAGCAUCGCGCGAGCUUUGUCCUUGCGUGGGUCGCGUACAUCUCGCACAAAGGCACACCGCUUCUCGGUCCCUGUCUUUACCUCGCUGACGGAUGCCCUGAGUAAACGGGCAAGCAAGAGGCUAUAG